AUGUUGUCUCUGAGAGAAAUUUGCACAAACUCUUUGCUAUGGACCAUUUCCAUAUCUCUCGUGAGCGGCCAAAGAACGACAUACACAGGUUGCCACAACCACACGGAAACUUCUGUUGCCGUUGAGUAUUGUUACGGUCCGGAUGGCGCAGAGACAGCUCGUGCCACACAUGCCGUCACUGUGGCUACCAGCCUCCCCGAAAGCGUGAGCGCUUCAGCGACUGCAGAGGCCCAAACCACUGCUGUGACAGGAUGCCAUAGCCACGAAACAGCAGUGUUUUGCAUCAACGGGGCGGGCGACGAGGUGCACGUUGAGGCUACUCCGACAGGAGAAGUCCCUCCAGCGUACACUGGCUGCCAUGCGCAUGGCGCUGAGAUGUACUGUAUGGACCCAGCCGGCAACGACGUCACAGUCCAUGCCGAGGGUGAAGAGGCCGCAGAAGAAGGGCAUACAGAUGCACAUGGAGAAUCGGAGGGGCAGAGCUGCCAUUUCCAUGCAGGUGUUGAGCAUUGUGUCGGCGGGAGCGAAGAAGUCUCUUGCGGCCUUCGCGAGCGCGAGUACAACGUAGGACUGCGAAUCGGGUCGCUGUUCAUAGUCCUCGUUACCAGUGCUAUCGGUGUGCUCGCCCCCUUACUCUUACACAAGCUCGUGAUCGGCAAGAUUGGAGCGACUGUCUUGAUGGCCGUCAAGCAGUUUGGCACUGGCGUAAUCAUCUCUACCGCCUUCAUCCACUUGAUGUUCACAAACGAUUGCAUCGGUGAGCUCUCGUACGAGGCAACCACCAGCGCCAUAGUCAUGGUCGGCAUCUUCCUCUCGUUCCUGGUCGAGUAUGUCGGCCUCCGUAUCGUCGCUGCGCACGCUGCCCGGCACCCUAAAACGUCUACGACAGAGACGUUCGGAGAGCGAAAUAAGGCCAAUUCGAAUACCCCACCCCCUGAACAGAACCGAAACGCCUUCGUAUCGCUCGACCACCAUCAUGUCGGGCCCAAUAGCCAUCUAUCCGUUUUGGUCAUGGAAGCUGGAAUUCUUUUCCACAGCGUUCUGAUUGGCCUCACGCUCGUUGUUGCUGGGGACUCGUUCUACCAAACACUGCUCAUAGUGAUAGUCUUCCACCAGUUUUUUGAAGGUCUUGCCCUAGGGGCCCGAAUCUCUCUGUUGCCGGGCUCUAUCUUCCCUUCGAAGCUUGUCAUGGCUACUGCCUUCGCUCUGAUUACUCCAAUUGGGAUGGCGAUCGGUAUUGGCGUACUAGACACGUUCAACGGAAACAAUCCUAGCACGGUCAUUACUUUCGGUACGCUAGAUGCCCUGUCUGCGGGUAUCCUCAUUUGGGUCGGAGUCGUCGAUAUGUGGGCAAGAGACUGGGUCAUCGAAGGUGGCGAGCUUCUGUCGAGCGGCAUCUUGAAGACACUUGGUGCCGGGGCUUCGCUCUGCGCUGGUAUCGUACUGAUGGGUGUCCUUGGGAAGUGGGCUUAG